UAACAGUGAACAAUGAGUGAACCGUGGAGUGAACACAUCGGCAACAAAUAUGGCCACCAUGGUGGAUGCAAAACUUGACAUGUAUGAUGAUACGAUCUACGCUGUUGAUCCACAACACGUGGAAGGAGAGAUGACAGUUGGCACCAGACAAAAAGCGAAUAUUGGGGAACCUGACUUCAACACCCUUGACGAACCGAUUAGAGACACUAUUCUCAGAGAUGUUCGAGCAGUUGGAAAAAAAUUCUAUCAUGUAUUAUACCCAAAGGAAAAGAAGAGUUUACUCAAAGAAUGGGAUCUUUGGGGACCUCUGGUACUUUGUACAUUCAUGGCGAUGGUUCUCCAAGGAUCGGAUGAUGAUGCAAUCAACAAAAAUGAUGGUGGCCCAGAAUUUGCUGAAGUAUUUGUUAUUGUUUGGAUCGGAUCUAUGAUCGUCACCCUUAAUUCUAAAUUGUUAGGAGGCAACAUAUCAUUCUUUCAAAGUGUUUGCGUUCUAGGCUAUUGCCUACUACCAACAACUGUUGCUCUCAUUAUUUGCAGAAUCAUUUUGUUGGUAGAACAAACUCUUGUUUGGUUCAUCCUACGGUUUAUUAUUACGAUAAUUGGAUUUCUCUGGGCUACAUAUGCUUCCAUGGCAUUUCUUGGGGAUAGUCAGCCAGCUGGACGAAAAGCAUUAGCAGUUUAUCCUAUUUUUUUGUUUUACUUUAUCAUAUCGUGGUUAGUGAUAUCACACUCCACGUGAAAAAUCUUAAACACAAAGAAGAAUUGAUUUUGACUUCAAGACUGUAUAAAGCUGCACAAAGCCCAAUAAAAGAUUGACAUUGAAUUAACUGGCAAAUUUGCUUGAAGAUUAAAGCUGGUUCUGUCUUUCUCUUAAUGCGGGUUAAAAUCUUUCAAAGGUAUGUAGCCUCUGAACUCUUUUUAACAUCUGAAUAAUCAAACGUGAUUAUCAAUAUUCAACGUUGCAUUUC